UUUACUUGCAAACUAUAAAGCUCAAUUGGAUUAUUGUUUAUUACCAUUUUGCAUUGUUGCUAAUAAUGUCUGGAAAGGAAUCAAAGAAGCACAAGGUCCCUGAGGUUCUUUCUUGGCAACAAAAGAAAGAGCGCGCAGACGCAGAUGAAGUAGUCAUCAAGAAUCAAGUCGAGGAACUCUUCUCAUGGACAACUAUGAUACAAAACAUGACUGAUGAUCAGCUGAAGGAGUAUGUGUUGAAUAGGCCUAAGAAUCUAAAUCUCGAGACAAAAAAGAAGGCUCCAGUUAAAAAGGCAAAAAAGGAAAGGAAACCGAGGGCUUCCUCUUCUUCUCUCGGGAUAAUGGCAUCGAUAUGGAAGUUUCAUAAAGAAGACGAUGACGAAGCUGCUUGUAAUAUUCCAGUUUGAAGCAUCUUGUUCUUAGCUUGAUAAGUGAAGAAAUGGUUUCAGUCCUUCAUCUUAUUUGCGUACCAUGGUUUCAGUCCAUCAUCUUAUUUGUGUACCAGCUUGGGCUAUUCUGUGGGGAUUUUCAUAUAUUAGUGUGCUUCUUUAAGUGUGUUUCGAAGAAUCCUACUAUAUGUAACUGUGCAUGGGGCUUAUAAUUGCUGACAAGUGAUGAGAAGGCCAUGAAAACACAACA